AUGGUGUCUUAUUGGUUAGAUCCUAUCAUUCACGAGACUCACGGGUUUUAUUCAGAUCCUGUUAAACUCCGUCUUCCUAUGGUAGUAUCUCAAAUUCGCAUUGCUAAACCCCAAAGCGCGAUUUGGCAACUUGAAUUCUUACUCCACCUUUAAAUUGGAAAAAAAAUCCUGCUCCAUAAACUUUUCAUAAUAAAUAAAAACAGAAAAAUAUAAUUGAACAAAUAUUUUUGUAAUUUAAUUCAUUUUUAUGUAAAAUUAAUUAAAAAUAUUUAUUGAUACAACGUAACAACUGAUUAAAUUGCAAUCUAUGCGUUCUCCUCCAUUAAAUUAAGUCAAAACUAUUUUUUAUAUAAAAAUAGCAUUUUUACAUAUGAAUUUUCUAUUGAAAAAAAUUGUUCCAAUUUAAAGGGUAAAUUUACCCAAAAAAUGGAAAUUUUACUUAUAUUUUGUUUCAAUUUAAAGGGGGAGUUAGCAAAAGACCUCGAGAAUCCGUCAGAUGAGUUGGUUCACGUUGAAAAGCUGGAGCGAGUUGACGCAGCAGGGACUGGUGACAUCAAUAUUGAGCUUCCUAAGCCAAUUUUGACAGAUUAUUUGGUAGUCAAAGGAGACUAUAAAGCCAUAUCAUUAUGUUUGGAGACUUCAGAAGUCACAAUAGAUGAAGAAAGCUUAAGUUUAACACCUGUAAGGUUUAUAUAGACUGAAGCAGAAGUGGAGAAAUUAAUUGGUGCGCCUAUGCAGUAUCAUGGACUCUUUCAGUAUUGGGUGGACUCUGAAGAAACUGGAGAGGUGCUCUCGAUGAGGUACGGCAAAGCUAAAAAAAUCUGUUAAUUUUUUUUUUAAAAAAUAAUAAUCAAAAAUAAAAUUUUUUGUGAAAAAUCUUGAUCUAAUGUUUUUCGUUUUCACCAUGAGGUAUCCCAUUGAAGAAGGGCCAAGUCAGCUCGCGCCUUUUGCCUUCUGGAAGCUUCCUUUUGCAGCUGAAGAUCUUGGAUCGUUAGUGGGGCAGAUUGAAAGUACGGUGGGAAAUCUCGCACAAGGACCGGAGGGACCUGCAAGCGUUUAUUUGUCUUCCUUAGAAAAACCAAUAAUUAAUAUUGUGGUGGCGACUAAAUAUGUCCUUACUGACAAUGCACUACUUUGACCGCAAAAAAUGGCUUUAUAGCCUAAACCAAGACUGAGGCCCUUUGAUUCUAAUUCUAAGCUUGCUGUAUAGCGGUCAUAUGGGAUUGGUAGCCUUGGGAGUCAGCUAGUGUCCAUUCCAGUCCGAGUGCUAGUUAUCCAGAUGGGUUUAGGCCCAGGAUCCUGGCAAGCAAGAGUCCGAUGAUCUCAAGUGUGCGAAGGCAUCAAAUCUGGAAGACCUUAAUACGUUUAAAUUUAAUUUAGAAAAAACUAGGACUACUAGUAGAGAAUCUCUGUAGUUUUUAUGGCUGCAUGAUUUUUCCUCAGAGAUAUUUGCUUGAAAAAAAAAUUUUCGCCCAAAUUUCCUAAUUAUAACAGAUAGUCCGAGGAAAUGUCCUUAAGGGAAAAAAUUCUCCAAAAAGAUAUUCUCCAGUUUUUAUCAUACUGGCCACGAAUAUGGAUACUCUGGCUUAAAGAGUACCAUUGAGCGUAUGCUGCCGCCUCAGAUUGUCAACUUGGCACUUCGCGCCAUAUCAGGACAAUCUUAUGGCCUUUCCGAGGCAAAGGCUUCUCUUCGACUUGUCACAGUUUUGAUGAAUUCUUCAAAUUUUUCAGCCCAAAUCUUAGAAGCUGGCGGUCUGCAGCAUCUUCUUGUUUUGUUGACAAACCCUCACUGUUCAUCACCACUUCAAAUAAAAACUAUUGAAGCAUUAAAAGCUUUAAUCUCACACCCUCAGAAUGCGACGAAAUUUAUUGAAGAAGAUUUUAUUUCAUCUCUGGACCCUAAGAUCAUUAGCACUUAUUUUUCAGUUAAAAAGGCAAAAUCAAAAGAAGCUGUGAAAAAGCAAAAGACUGAAGACGAGGAAAGAUUUAAAACAGGAUAUGACGUACUUGUGGGGAUGAAAACGGAAAAAAAGUCAUUGAAACUUUUAAAUGCUAAAAAGUCGUUGCUAACUUCUCUGUUAUAAAUGGGGAUUUAUCAAUUUUUUUUUAUAAUAAAUUAGAUGGCUUUAAGAUAAAAUUAUUAAUUUAAUUAUAAAAAAUAGGUUUAGGAGUAAGCAAAUGUGCAUUUUUUCAACAACUGAAGAAAUUACAAAGCAUAGUUUCAGAUAUAGAAAAUUUAGAUGGAAGUGGGGUUUUAGAUGUGCUUGACUCAAUCAGAAAAGAUUUGAAAUUGCAUAUGUUGAGAUCUUCAACAAACUCUUUAACAACCUUAAAGCAAGACUUAAAGAAUUUUUUGCUGCUGGAUACAUUAAAUACUUUUGAAAAUUUAAAAUCAAUCACUCAGUUGACUUCUCACUCCCCCUCCCGUGAGCAAACAAAGCAUUAGAAAAAUCCGUAUUUUUGGGUAAAUAAUUAUUUAUGAAAAAUAUUUUGAUAUAUAAUGAUAAUUAUUAUAAUGAAAUCUCUAACAAAUUCUGUUGAACUUUAAGCAACUACAAAUAUUUGCUUUAAAAUUAUUUUUAAAUUUUGAAAAAAAAACCAAUAUAAUAUAUAUAUAUAAAAUUUUAAAAACAAAUUAACCCCUCUAUGAGAACAAAAUUUUUUUGCUUGUUCACGGAGAAGGUGGAGUUAGCAAAUAUUGAGCAAUGGAUUAGUGCAAUGGCUAACAAAUACGAGCUUCUUGCAAAAUUUGUUAACUCCCCCUCCGUGAGUGAACAAAACCAUUAGAAAAAUCGCUAUUUUUUGCCCCAAAAAACCCACCCUCCGUGAGUGAACAAAAAUUUUUUUAAUAGAAAAAAAUUUAGAUAUAUAAAUGAUAAUUAUUAUAAUGAAAUCUAGAGCUAAUUCUGUUUAAUUUUAAACGAAUUGCUUUUUAAAACAUAAAUUUUAUAAAUUAAAUUAAUAUUUGCUUUCCAAUUUUUGCGAAUUAGGAUUUUUUUAAAUUUCGAAAAAAAAUAUUUUUUAUAAAAUUUAUACCCCCUCCGUGAGUAAACAAAAUUUUUUUGUUCACUCACGGACGGGGGGGGAGUAAGGAUUUUGCUCGAUCAAAAGCUGCGAUCAAACGCUGAGCUAUUCCGUAGCAUUUUUAUCAGCAUCUCUGAUAUUUUGCUUGUGAUUAUCAGAAGUCAAGGCGGAGUAUGGUUUUUGACGUCUCAAUUCUCAAUAAUUCAAGAUUUUAUCAAAGCCUUCAAAGAAGUUGAGAUCCCAGACUGCACAGAAGAAGCUGAGCUUUCCCUUAUAGAAGAAGAAUAUCUUUUAAGCGCAAUUCAGCUUGAAAAGCUUCCAAGCUACUCCUCUCAGCUUUCCUUUAUUUUAAGCUCAGUUUUAUCAAUCUCUAGAUUUCUUCACGAAAUCUUUUGCAUUAACCCCAACUCCGGUCUCGCAAAUCUCUAUACCUUCCUAAAUGGAGCUGACGAAAAAUACACAGGCUACCCUUCGCAAAUUUUUUAUACCAUAAUAAGAGCACAUCCAGAAAUAUUUUUAUACCUCUUACUCUCCAAGUAAUCCUAACCAAACAAUAAUUGCUUGGUUUUUCCAGCAUUUUAUAUAAAUAUUUUUCAUUAUCAUCAAACCACCUCUAAUUUAAUAAUAUUUUUUUAAUUGAGUUUGCUAUUGAUUGGGGAUUUAGAAUUAAUAGAUUUAGUAGACAGCUUUGGAAUGAUAAGGAGCUUCUAUGUGCUAGAAAUAGCUGUGACACUGAUGAUUGAAGAUAGAAGUGGUGAAGUUAUGCUACAAGUGGGGACUGAGGCUGCUGAAUUUUUGGAAAACUUGAUGGAAACUGAUGGUUUAGACGAUAUCAAAAAAAUGCUGGACCUGCUUCGUGAUUGGCUCAGGCCUCUCAAGAAAUUCAAAGAAGUUUUCAGUGUAGAGAAGCUGAUUGAGGACCUAGCGAACUUUGGGGAGAAGCUGGACAAGAUGGAAAAUAAUAGCGUUUAUUUAGUUUUGCAAGAAUCUAAAAAUCCUGAAUUAAAAAUAGGAGCUUUAGGACUGAUGACUGAAAAAGGGUCAGAGAUUAUUCAGCUCAUCCAGUUGUUGAGGAUUCUUAAUAUUGUGAUCAGCGUCAAGAAAUGGAGCUCAAUACAGAUGAUUUCAGGCAAUUUAUUGACAAUUAUAGCAAAUUUGAUUGGAAAAGUCAAUAACGUGAUUCAUGCGCUCUUUGUGGACACCACAAAUCCACAGGUCUUUUUUACGCUAAACAAAAGCCAAAUUAUGAAGGAACAUUUAGAGCUGCUGGUGCCAAGCUUAAAUAUUAUAAAUAUCAUUAUAGAGCAGCUAUUAGCAACAAAACUGUCAAGCUACAAUAAUUCAAGACUUCUAGAACAUCUAGUCCAUUUGGCUGCACUAUGUGACCUGGUUCUUGAUAAAGGCAACGAUUUGACUGUGCAAAAAGUCAUCAGAAUCAUAAAAACUUCUUUUAUCCUGUGGGCUCAGCUGCCAAGCUUCCUUGACAUUUAUUUAGGAGUCAUGUUUGAGCAUGCUUUUCAAUAUCCUUUUAAGUCUGGUGCUGUCUUAUCCUUAAUAAGUGGCUUAUUUGAGCAUUUUAUUUCUUAUAAAGACCCAGCGUUUAUACACAAGUGUAUAGAGUGGCUCUGCAAGACCCCAGCAGCACUGUUUGACCCUGAAGUCCUCUAUUACUAUAUGAUGCAAGCUAAAAAUAUGGAAGGCGAGUUCAAAAUGAUGAAUAUUUUUAAAAUGUCCUAUGAAGCCAUCAAAGAAAAAAGUGGCAGCAAAUAUGAGCCACGACAAACGUGGGAUUUUAAGAAAAAAAUGAGCUUGCUGUUAGACAGAGAUGGCUGUGUCCUUGACAAGCUGCUUAAAGCCUUUUUAAGAAGCAACAGAAUUGAAGUCCACAGUGCAUUAGUCCGACUUUUAAGAUGUGCAGUCGCCACAAACCAUUUAGAAGCCUCAAUGAAGAUUGUAACAGCUUGCAAAAUUAUGCUACAAGGCUCAGCUAAUAUCCAAGGAAAAGCGUUAUAUACAAUUCUAGCUCUUUCAGAAGUGGCUUGUGCUAAAUCACUAUUUAUCCACGAAGACCUCCCAGAAAUUUUGCUUCCGUUUUUGUCUGACCCUAACCUAGCAGUCCCAGCACUAAAAGUUUUCAGGAAUUUAUUUGAUUCCAGUAUAUGUAUGAACGAAAAAGACGAAAAACAAAUGCUAGUAGAAGAUAUACCCACAAUAAGCCAAACCCAAAGCUUUUUGCUGGAGACAAGAAAACUGCUUGUUUUUUAUAUCCCAGGGCUUCCUGAAGCAGGAAUGGUUGAAGAGGAAGAAGACGAUCUCUAUGGAGAAUUUGUGAAAGCUAAAAAAACAGAAGAAGGCUGCUCAUGGGAACUGACGCUACUUGUAUUGAGAGUUUUAAAAGAAAUCAGCGCCCAUUCAGUUGGGAAAUCAUUACUGCUGUGUGGGCAGUACCCAUUUAAAGAAGAUUUACAAGGGCCAUUAGAUUUUGAAGAAACUCUAAAUAGGAUUUCAAUUGGUUUUAAUAUGCCAGACUGGCAGAAUAAAAUGCUGACCCUUUUAGAAGUUUUGACAAAUAUUCUUAAAGAUAUAGGAAUCACACUCGUUUCUCAAGUCGCCUUAAACCAGACAAUUCAGACUCUCCAAACUUUAAGUAACCCUCGGGCUAUGAAGCUCUUACAAACCCUAAAAUUAGCCCCAAUCAAGGUAGAAGUCUCCACUAUUGAGCUGCCCUACCCAAAAGAUCUUAAUGAAAGAUUCCCAGAACAAAAGCCAGAUUUCGAAAAAAUAAAAGAAUUCAAAAAAGCAGUCCGCAAAGGCCACCAAAAUCAGCUAAUCACUAGUAAAAGGGUAGGUGACCGCAUCCAAGUCAAAACUUUUCAGAGUCUGACUGAUUUAUUGCCGCCUCCUUAUAAAGCAUUAUUUAAAUGCAAAACCAAAACAUCAGGCAAAGAAUGGAACGUACUAAGUGAAGAAAGCCAAGAAUUUGUCCCAGAACUGACUAUGGAGUAUCAGAAAAAAGCUGAAGAUAAGCAUAGUUCAGCACAACCAUCAAGAGAGCCAAUUCCUGUAAUUCCGCCUGUGGUGGCUGAUGUAGUCCCAGCUAAAUCAAUAGUAACCCAGCCUGUAUCAGCACCAGCACCUGUACCACAGUCUGUAGUACCGCCUCAAAGUGCCCCAAGACCGACUGUAUCAAGCCCAACUUCUAUGUUUACAGAUGUGGAAAAGAAUGCUUUUAGCGACCUAAUGCAACUUCUAGAGAAAAAAGAUAGAAGCCAUGACCCAAGAUUGCAGUUGAAGAUUGAACAAAUAUUGAAUGAGUUUCCAAACUUAUGCAGCUACAUAAAAAAUAAAACAGGAAACUAG